UGAAGAAACAGAGAAGACGAGUGUGACAUUUAUAAUAGUAUAUAAUAUACAUUUUAUCGAAGUUUUUAGCGUUCAAUAAGAAAUGAAGGCAGGUAUCAGUGUGACGUGUGAUGGGGCAGGAGUGUUAGUUUAGUGUUUGUUGAGAAAAAGCAGCAUUAGAUCUGUGUAUUUGUUAAUAAAGUGUUAAUACAGGUAAAUGUGUGUUUGUUUGUUUGUGCAUUUGUUGAUGAUGGUGAAGAAUUCUCCGUUUCCUCUUCCCGAGAGAGCGGUCUACGGCUUUGUGUUGUUUCUGGGAUCUCAGUUAGCUUUCUUGCUGUAUUUAGUGUGGGCUUUUGUUCCUGAUGUUUGGCUUCAUUCAGUUGGACUGACUUACUGGCCUCGGAAAUACUGGGCUCUGGCUGCUUCUAUUUACCUGCUGGUCACUAUAAUCACAUGUUUUGUGCUGCUGUUUGGUGUGAAUCUGAUUAACACUGCUCCACUCGCUUCAGUGGACAACAUCACAGAUCACUUCGCCAAGAGUCAGCGUUUAGAAGAGUGUCAGGACGGAGCGAUUCCCAGAUUGCAAGAUUUCUCGAUCAGUGAAAUAAACCGUCUGUUUUACCUCUAUUGAUGUGAUGAGACCACACACUCAAUAUGAUUGUCUAGUGCCCUUCAUAGGAAGCGUAUCACAUUCUAUCAUGAGUUGCAUACGUUUGCCGUUUGUUCAGAGUCGAGAUGAUUAGAUCCAUCAGCUGCUGUGGCAGGACUGAGAUUUGACUCUCUGAUGAACUGUGUGUUUGUUAUCAUGAUUGUGCACAGAAUGACCUCUGACACUGAUAUACACUACUGAGACAGACCAGUUCAGGUUGUGGAUGUUGUUGUGCUUUUGUUUUUGAUUAACAAUUUUUAUUGAUUCAUACAAUUAACAAAGAAUAGCAAAACAUAUAUUCACAGAAUCAACAUUUAACCCCCACUAUUACCCCUCCCCCUCCCCCUCACAAUCCCCAACCCCACCCUGACCCCCAACAACUUCCCUGUGGUCACACAUGAGUAUACAUACAAAAAAAAAUAAAAAUAAUAAUCACACACAUUUAAAACUAUACUGCUAUCUCCACUGCCCCUCCCCGAGAGCCCUCCAAGAACGCCAAAUAGCUGCCCCAUUUCCCAUCAAACGAAUCCAAGUUCCCCAGCCUUCUACAUAACAGUUCCUCGAAAGUGGCCAUCCAACCCAUCUCCGUGCUCCACUCUUGAAAUGAGUGUGCUGCAGCUGACUUCCAUCCCCUUAAAACAAUCUGUCUGCCAAUCAUAACACUGGUUAGGACACAGUUUUUUAUAUUAAUGACCUCCCCAUCGCCUAAAAUAGAGAGUCUGGGGCAAAAUGAAAUUUGAGUGCCCAAUACAUCGCACAUAAAACUCUGAACCAAAAUUCUUGGAUCUUAACACACCACCACAAAACAUGGGUUGUGUCUUCAUCCUCUGAUUGGCAUCGCCAGCAGGUGAGUGUGUUUUAAGACCGAGCCUAUACAAUCUAGAGGGAGUCCAAUAGAAUCUAUGUAAAAUCUUGAAUUGCAUCAGACGCACCCUUGCAUCUCUCGAUGCAGACUUGACGUUUUUUUAUAAUCCUAGCCCACACUCCCUCCUCCAAUACCAAGUUUAAAUCUUUCUCCCAUAAUCUCUUGAUUGAAGUUAAAGCUCCGUCCCCCAGACUCUGAAUUAACAGGGAGUAAUACACUGAUGCCUCAUGACCUUUUCCAAAAGCAGUAAUCACCCCUCCCAGGGGUGUCCUUUUUAAGAAUCAGACUGAUCUGGGCUUGCGUCAUGGUUGGUGGAAGCUUUCCAUUCUUUAAUGAUUCCGUAUAAACUUCUAACAAAAGUGGAGCCAGUUCUGUAGCAUAAGAUCUAAAAAACUCAGCGGCAAAGCCGUCUGGCCCCAGAGCCUUGCCUGUAGGCAAGGCCUUAAUUACCUCGCCAAGCUCCUCCAAGGUUAUCUCUGUUGUUGUGCUUUUGAAACAAUAAAAUAAAGCUGAAAAAUGUCUUAUUCUCAAACUCCUCAUGAAACUGAAUCCGAUUUUUUGGGGUCAGACUGUGACCUCCGUCUAGAAGUGAAACGGUCAUCUGUUUAUCUGCUCAUCUCUCAGACUUCACAGCGACUCUUCAAUCAGUCUGUGCAGCCCACCUGCCCGUGCUCGUGUCUGUACCUGUGGACAGGUGAUCACUGCUUCUAGAUAACCCUCAUUAGUAAACAGGUCGGUGUCAAGUUUAACCUGUGACCAUGACUCCACCACUGUUGUGACCUCCCUCAUUGUCCUGUGUGUGUAAAGACUGGAUCACUCAGGAAUUUUGGAACAAACUGGAUUCACUCAGUGACGGAAGUUCUUUAGUUUCACUUUGAUCACUGAGUUAUGUACUUUAUGUUUUCAUGUUUUUAGGUGAUUGUAAUAUUUUGUGUAUUUUUCAUUGCGAUUUUUUUCUUUCUGUAUUUUUACUUAACUCUUAUAAUUAUUUUUUUUAGAUCAUAAUUAUUGAUGUAUUUUAUGGAAUAUUUAAACACCUCGAGUUCUACAUAAUACCAUCUCUGGAAGGAAAAUUUAUUUAGUUUCCAAUUCUAUAAAUUAUGCAAAAAUGUGCAUUGUAAUUUUACAUAAUCUAUUAAAGGUGUGGGUGAGAAACAGAUCAAUAAAUCAGUCCUGUUUUUACUAUAAAUCUCCACUUUAACAUUCUUCUUUUGUUUUAGACGAUUCACAUUCGUCUUGAAUAUAAUCACCUACUGGGCAGGGAGAAGAAUUUAUAGUAAAAAAUGCUUGAAAUAUUGAUCUGUUUCUCACACACACCUAUCAUAUCACUUCUGAAGACAUGGAUUAAACACUGGGGUCUUAUGGAUAUUUUGUAUGCUGCCUUUAUGUGCUUUUUGGAGCUUCAAAGUUCUGACCGACUGAGCUGAAAUAUUCUUCUAAAAAUCUUUAUUUGUGUUCUGCAUAAGACAGAAAGUCAUACACAUCUGGAAUGGCAUGAGGGUGAAUAAAUGAUGUGAGGGUUAGAAAUGUUUGGGUGAAAUAUUCCUUUAAUAAAGGGUGGAGUACAC